GAAUCCAGGCUCUCCUACAGCCUGCAAUGGACGGGUAGUUGACUCCCCAUUAAUACAACCAUUCCUAACUUCCAGAGAAAGGAUGCUGCUGUAACCAUGCCUUGUUAAAGACAAGUGCAAUGUUUUACAUUCAACUACAAAUCAGGGUGGAAGAGUAAUCCAAGAGGGGUCCAUUUAGUGGAAGGUUACUCUCCUUUCCAAAAAGUCCCCCAGAUAGCUUCUAGUAAGAAGAGUUCAGAAACUUCCCUUUUCCUGACUCUGCAGCCGGUCAAGGGUUGUUCUGGAGGCCCGCCCAUUCCAGACCCAAUCCUCCCGGUGCGGGGCUGAGUACAGUUCUUAGGGUUUUUCUGGGGAAAGCCUUCCAGCCGCCCUCCAAGGCUUCCCGCCUUCCUCCACGACCAGUUGCUGUGGGUGCCCGCAACCUGUGAACUCACGCCAGCUCCUUGAGACUUCACAGAAGGCCAAGAUGUUCCAGGACACACAGAGGCUGUGGCCAACUGCCCAGAGGGGCGGGGAAUGCUCUCUGCUCUCAGUCGCCCUUCAGGUUCUGUGCCCUGGGGGCCUGGCAGUGGCAGAAUCAUGUGGGCACCUGGUGCGGUGGCCCGGGAGCGGGUGCCCCUCCCGGAGGCUCCUCCAGGAUGUUGAUCUCCGACUCAGCUUGGGAUCUUUUUCUUUCACUUUUCUUUUAGCUGGGGUUGGGACUCCCCAGCUGGAAAGCGCACUGGGAAACCGGGGAAACCCCAGCUGAUUCGCCCCUCGUACCUUGAUUGCUCACACUGGCUGCCGCCGCCACGCACCCUGCCGCCAGAACUCGAUGGAGAGUAGGGCAGCUUGCCGGUCCUCCUGCGAGUCUCACCAGCCCGCUGCGCCCUGCAGCUUGUGGUGUACCUCGCUCCGCGCUGCAGGGACCUUGCCAGGGCAGGCCCAGGGGGAGCAACGCGCGUCUGUCUGCCCCCGCCCAGCUGCAGAGUUGGACGAAGACGGGAUCCUGCUGCUUGGAAGGCUGAGUUCCCCAUCUACCCGAGGAGCUCAGAGAGGUCAGGAAAGAGUCCAUGCCGACACAUGGCCCUCUGGCUCUCUGAAGCAGUGUCUCUUCGUGGUCCUCGCUGGUGAGGUCCUUUAGAGCACACGGCCCCUGUCAGCAGAUAACCAGCCUACAGGAGGUCAAAAGGCGUUCUGCAUGGAUGGCAGCUGGAAGCCCAUCGCCAUAGCCAGCUCUUCACCACUUAAGCAAUUACCUGGGCAUUAAGUAAUGAAAAUUUUGAAACCAUAUAUGAGGAAUACAUCCAUCUCGUGCUACUUGUGUUUCCUGCUAAACAGUCAUUUCCUAACUGAGGCUGGCAUUCAUGUCUUCAUUUUGGGCUGUGUCAGUGUAGGUCUCCCUAAAACAGAGGCCAACUGGAGGGAUGUACUGAGUGAUCUAGAAUAUAUUGAGUCUCUUAUUAAAUCUGUCCAUAUCGAUGCCACUUUAUACACAGACAGUGACCUCCAUCCCAGUUGCAAAGUUACUGCAAUGAAUUGCUUUCUGCUGGAGUUACGGGUUAUUUUACACGAGUACAGUAAUGUGGACCUUAACGGAACAAUAGAGAACGUGAUGUUACUAGCAAACAGCUCUCUGUCUUCUAACAAGAAUAUAACAGAAUAUGGCUGCAAGGAAUGUGAAGAACUGGAGGAGAAAAGCUUCAAAGAGUUUUUGCAGAGUUUUAAAAGCAUCGUCCAAAUGUUCAUCAACACUUCGUGAUUGUCGCUGAUGCUCUCCAGGGUUUCUGUUAUUACCACGCUGCUGCCUGCUGUGCAGAGGCAGCGCCGCUCUGUGCCUAUGAGAUCCGCUGUGGAAACAAAGCUGCCGAAGCAGCGGCCGAUGAACCACUCGGAUCAGAUGAACUCCGGGAGACCACCGGAGGAAAGGAACUCUUCUCAGGCGUCUUUUGCUCCUUUUUAAUUUAUUACUGCGCUUGUACAUAUUUGUAAUAUAACAGAAGAUGUGGAAUAAAGCUCUUUAUAUGCCCUA